GGAUGGACACAUAGGAUAACAUGCCGGGGAUGGACACAUAGGAGAACAUGCCGGGGAUGGACACAUAGGAGAACAUGCCGGGGAGAUGGACACAUAGGAUAACAUGCCGGGGAUGGACACAUAGGAUAACAUGCCGGGGAUGGACACAUAGGAGAACAUGCCGGGGAUGGACACAUAGGAGAACAUGCCGGGGAUGGACACAUAGGAUAACAUGCCGGGGAUGGACACAUAGGAUAACAUGCCGGGGAUGGACACAUAGGAUAACAUGCCGGGGAUGGACACAUAGGAUAACAUGCCGGGGAUGGACACAUAGGAUAACAUGCCGGGGA